UGGGGCGGAGUCAGCGGGUAGAGGAUGGGAGUUUAAGGCCCGGGAUUGCUGGAGGGCAGGCGGCCACAGUCUAGGGGCGGCACGGUGUCGACUUGCAACCCAGCUGAGAGGAGAGGCGCCACCUGGGAGGCGCUGAGAGUAUGAGGCUCUGGCCUCCACUGGCCACUCACUCGUGACCCUUCCACCACGGCGGGGCCUUCCAAGCCAACCUCCUGCCGUGUGGUGAUCUACCUGCAGCGGGAGAUGUCGGGGGAUACCUGUCUGUGCCCAGCGUCAGGGGCCAAGCCCAAGCUAAGCGGCUUCAAGGGAGGAGGCUUGGGCAACAAAUACGUCCAGCUCAAUGUGGGUGGUUCCCUGUACUACACCACCGUGCGGGCGCUAACCCGGCAUGACACCAUGCUCAAGGCCAUGUUCAGUGGGCGCAUGGAGGUGCUGACCGACAAAGAAGGCUGGAUCCUCAUAGACCGAUGUGGAAAGCACUUUGGCACCAUUUUGAAUUACCUCCGAGAUGAUACCAUCAUCCUCCCUCAAAACCGGCAAGAAAUCAAGGAACUGAUGGCUGAAGCAAAAUAUUACCUCAUUCAGGGGCUGGUGAACAUGUGCCAGACUGCCCUGCAGGACAAGAAGGACUCCUACCAGCCUGUGUGCAACGUCCCCGUCAUCACAUCCCUGAAGGAAGAGGAGAGGCUCAUCGAAUCCUCCACCAAGCCCGUGGUGAAGCUGCUAUACAACAGAAGCAACAACAAGUACUCCUACACCAGCAACUCCGAUGACCACCUGCUGAAAAACAUCGAGCUGUUCGACAAGCUCUCCCUGCGCUUCAACGGCCGUGUGCUCUUCAUCAAGGAUGUCAUCGGCGACGAGAUCUGCUGCUGGUCCUUCUACGGGCAGGGUCGGAAGCUGGCGGAGGUGUGCUGCACCUCCAUCGUGUACGCCACCGAGAAGAAGCAGACCAAGGUGGAAUUCCCAGAGGCCCGAAUCUAUGAGGAGACACUCAACGUUCUACUCUACGAGACCCCCCGAGUCCCUGACAACUCCCUAUUGGAGGCCACAAGCCGGAACCGCAGCCAGGCGUCCCCCAGUGAAGACGAGGAAACCUUUGAACUGCGGGACCGUGUCCGCCGCAUCCACGUCAAGCGCUAUAGCACUUACGAUGACCGGCAGCUCGGCCACCAGUCUGCCCAUCGCGACUGACAAGACCCUCCCGGAGUCAGGGCACGAGAUACCCUGUCUCCUCUCUUGUGGAACCCCGCCCCACUGGCCACCCCACACUGCUGCUGGCUUGGGUCUCUGCUCCAGCACCCAGAGGCAUGACAGGCCCUGCCGGGGAGGUCAGAGGGCCUGAGCAGGGGAGGGACUGUGUUUCUUUUCCCAGCUCCCUGAGCACUUCAGGAUGACUGAGCCCCAGCCCCUUUGCUCAGCAUCUCCCUUUCUGCCACAGGGAGCCGCUGCUGCCCCUGGGCUGAACGGACUGACCUGCCCACCCUCCUGCCAAGAGCAUUCCCCUUGGCCCUUCGUUGAGCACCCCUUUGCUCUGCUGAAGGGCUGCUUUAGGCCUCAGGGGAGGCCCAUGGGAAAUGGGUUCACUCUGUGGGGAAGGUGGCUUCUGGUGCUGUGGAGGCCCGAUUUCUUACAGAAGGUGGGGCUUCUUUUUUCCUAAGGUGUUUAAGCACAGGCUUAAUGAGUUUGGUUUUUAAAAAAUAAUCUAGGAAAUGACUAGUUUUAAGUCUAAUAAUGAGGAGACUGGGUAUUUCUGCUCCAGGGUUCCAAGACCCUGGGUAAAACAGAACCCUUGGCCCUUUUGAUGCCUUUGGGAUCUGUUUCUGUAAAGCACUUUGUACUUUUAUUCAGGAGAUUUGUAUUCUGCCCUGACCCACGUCAUCUUUCUCUGAUCCUAACCCCCUUCUCCCUGUAGAAUCAAUCUGAGGGAGGGGAAAGAAGCAAUAAAAAAAAAAACUGACCAGCUUUGGCUUUGCCAAACUGGCCAAGCAGCUGGCCCAGAGA